AUGGUCACCAUCGGCACCUCCACCAGCAUUACAUGGCAAGAUCGGCGGGUGGUGGUGCCGGAUGAAUUGCUCGUGGAGAUUGGGGAAGCAAAAUACCUGAAGAUCCAGCCCUCCCACAGAAUCAUGAUGAAGUUGUUGUUGGGAUCGCGAACAGCAGGCAGUCUCACAUCUUCCCCAGGGUUGAUGAAGCUGAAAGAAGCCAGAGAUGAAGCCAUUGCUGAGGCCCUCAAGAAGGAAAAGGGCAGUGGAGCAGAUGACUUGUUUCCCGAUGCCAAGAAGAAGAAAGUCAAGGUAACUUUCCCCACCGUGGACUUCGUCAUAGUGGAUGGGCUACAAAUGGGAGAUGCGGACCCGGACGAGAAGCGGAUUUACAAGAGACGUAAAGUGGCCCAGAACAGAGCCGCAUCCGAGGAGAGCAAGCAGGACUCAGACUGA